GGCCUUGAAUAAAAUGUGCAAACACUGAAAGAAAUCAAUUAAUAAUCAAUGACCACCCAUGUGAUGAUGAUGAUGAUGAACAACAGAACAAAACUACAGCAACAGGCAGUGUAAAUGGUAGUUUUUGACGAAAAAUAAAAAAAUAAACGAUCGACAUCGAAUCGAAAAGGGAAAAACGAAAUUGUUGACAUUUUAUCAUCGCACUGUGAGCAGCCAUAAUCGUAACCAUUUUCGUCAUUUCGUUUCAUUUUGUGUACAUCAUCAUCAUCAUCAACAAGUGCAUAGUUAUAUAUAUAAAUCUUUUCUUUUUCUUACUUCGAAAAGACUACAAUAUUUUGACAAAAAAAAAUCUGAAAUAAAAUAACAAUAUGCCCGAAAUACGGCCAAUAUUUUAUUGGAUGCCUGAAAGUCCACCAUGUCGUACUGUGUAUGUUGUUGCAAAAAUGAUUGGCCUAAAAGAUUGGGAUAUUAAAUCGAUUGAUUUGACCAAAUUGGAACAAAUGUCUGAUGAUUAUCUAAAGAUAAAUCCAUUUCAUACGAUUCCCGGUUAUUUUGAACCACCAGAUUUUAAUCUUUAUGAAUCACGUACUAUUGCCCGAUAUAUUAUUGAAACAUAUCGGCCAGAAUCAUCAUUAUAUCCAAUGAAUGAUGUACGAAAACGAGCAAUGAUUAAUCGUUGUAUGGAUUAUGAAUUGGGUACAUUAUUUCGUGCCAUGAGUGAUGUUGUUCUUCCAAUAUUCAAACCAGGACAAGGUUUACCAAAUAAAGAAAAACUUUCACGUUUCAUUCAAGUAUUGGAAGAAUUUGAAAAAAAUCUUAAACAAAAUCAAUUAAAAUAUUUGGCCGGUGGUAACGAUAUAACAUUGGCCGAUUUGGCCACCUAUUUUACAUUGAUCAUGUGUGAAGCUGUUCCAGAAUUGAUUGAUUUAAGCCAUUAUCCAAAUCUUUAUUCAUGGUUGAAUCGUAUUGAUAAUUUUAUUAAAGAAUUGGAUUCCAAUAAAAACAAUGUUGAUGCUGGUGUACUUGUUAAAGCACAGGAAAAUUUCUGUACAUACGCUAAAUAUUGUCAACAACAAGCACAAGAACAAAAACGUUCUGAAUGAUGAUGAUGAAUGGAUAUAAAUUUU